UAAGUGAACUCGUUUUGAAAAAUUGUAUUUAACUCUUCUUUUUUUUUGUUUAGUGAGAAGGCUGGCAACAGUGUGUCAAGCAAAAAUUUUAUAAAUCAAUUUCUUGUGUAUGCAAUUAGUGUUUCACGUUUGAUAUAAGCUUACUUGUAAAUACAGUGUACAUAUAAAUAUGAGCACACAAAAUCGGAACAGCGGCGGCGGUCGCAACCAAAAGAAGUCAAAUUCUGGCAGCGGUGGGGGCGGAGGUGGUGAUUCUGCUUUACAGACGUCAAAUAAAAAAACAGAUGUCUCUAAGACAGAAAAAGAAAAAUCUCACCCAAAGCCAACUGCUGAACAAUUGCGCAUUGCCCAGAUCACCAAUAGUAAUACAUCAGAGGAUCCGCAAAUGCGCGAAAAAGUCGCCACACUCAUAGAGAUGACUCAGCGUUCCGAAGAGGAAGUCUGUUGUGCAUUAUACGAGUGCGAUAACGAUUUAGAGCGUGCUGUUGUAUAUCUUUUAGAGACACUUCCAGUGGGAGCAUUUGAGACAUCUUCAAAGAAGAAAAAGAAUAAAGCUGCAAGUGCCGGGCAGGAGAAUGCUGGUGGCGAUGGAGAAUGGAUUGAUAGCAAUGCCAAUACGGACAGACGCGAAAAGUCACGUAACCGAAGCAGCAAUCGCGGUGGUCGCGGUGGUACCGACAGCCGUGGCUGGCGCGGCAGAGAGGCUCGCGAGAACGAGCGCAAUUUACGUGAUUCACGCGGAGGGGAUGAUCGCAAUGACAAUUAUCGGCGCAGAGAAGGUGGCGGAGGCGGAGGUGGUGGUGGUAGUCGCAGUGGCGGUGGUCGUGGUGGUGGUUAUGCAGGCCGCGGUGGUCGGGGCGGCGGUAGAUUCGGUGGAGGUGGCCGUGGCACUGGCGGUCGUGGCGAGCGUGGAUACAAUUCCCGCUCUGGCGCAAAUGAAGAUCACCAAGAAGUGGAGCUUUGGGACAAUACUAUAGCUCAGAAUGCCGAGAAACAGCAGCAACAAUUGCAAGAUGAUGCCUGGGGCGAUUGGGAUAAUGAAGAGUAUGUAGGUUCACUAAAAGAUAGCAAAGUAUUCACGACGAGCAAUUUGCCAAACCAGACGGCGGCAAGUGUGGUUAGCGGUGGUGUUAGUGGUGUGAGUAGUGUAGUAAAUAGCGGUACUAGUGAGCUAUCAGCGCCCCCCGGGCUAGAGCACCAUUUGAGCACUUCGGGGCUAGUAGGCAAUGCAACGUCCCCACAACAGCAACAGCAAGGAUCUCAUUUGAAUACGCUCGUUGGCAGUUCGGUUGGGGUGACGGGCGGCAGUGUGCCUGGAGUUGUUAGCGGCAGCAGCAGUGGUCUAAUUGAAGAUAAUUCAGCUGUCAGUUCAACAGUUGUGCAGUCUGCGUCAGUGUCUACAACACCUAUGAUGCAAUAUAGUGCAGCUGUAACAAGUUCACAGCUGCCACAAUCGCAGCCGCUGACACCACAGCAGCAGCAACAACAACAACAACCGUCGGUUCUGUCGACGCCUCUUAGUACUGCGCCAUACGGCAACGCUGCAGAUACAUUUUCAAAUGCUGCUACGGCGGCUGCAAACUUGGUGCAGCAAGUGCAGCAACAACAGCAGCAGCCGCAAUCACAAAUCAAAGCUUCGGCUACACUCUCUGCCGAGCAAUCUCAGUAUUUCAAUUCUUUGACAUCGCAAAACGCCGCUGCAGCGGCAGCGCAGCAACCAUUACAGCAGCAGCAGCAGCUGGCAACGACGUAUGCACAAAGUGCUGCCGCUGUGCAAUAUCCAACUUCAUAUGCAAAUGUAUUUGGUUCAGCAGCAGCGGUCACCACGGCAGCCACCGCUGGACUCGGCGUAGCCGGCGCUGAUCAAUCACAGCUUUCGAGUGGGGUGCAACAGCCGCAAGUGCGAAGAGCACGUGCUAAAUUGCCACCACCUUCGAAGAUUCCAUCGACAGCUGUGGAAAUGCCAGGUGACACAUUGAAUAAUAUUGGCUACUUGGAUGUGCAAUUUGGAGGCCUUGACUUCGGGACCGAAGAUACUUUCGAAGCAUUGCCCGAGAAGUUUGGAGCGUCAGUGACAAUGGAUGGUCAACAACAGCAGCCGCAACAAACACAGUCCCAACAGUUGGUACAAUCACAGCAGGAUGUUACAACUGAUUAUCAGAGCAAGUCAACUGUGCAACAACAACAAAGUUCACUAACGGCAGGCCUGCAAAGUGCACAACUUGGUGAUGCAUUGUCAAGUGGCUAUUCACAACGUGGUGCAGGAGCUGUACAACAGCAACAGCAAGUUGUGAGUGGGGGAAGUGGUGUUGCUGUGGGCGUGGGUGUUGGUGGUGGUGCCUCAUCGGUCGGUGGUACCUCUAAUCACACAUUAGAUUUGUCUAAGAGCGAUCCGUAUGGUCAGUCGCAGAGUGCAACGAACUCUGCUGGUGGAUAUCAAACGAGCGCUUAUCAAACCAGCGUUUCGGUUGCCAACAAGACUGCAAAUGCCUACCAGCCAUCUGCUGGCGGACAAGUGUAUAACAGCAGUAGUUAUGCUAACGUACAGUCUUCUGUUGCUAAUACAUACCAACCGCAGUCAUACGGAGCGUAUCAACAGAAUUCUAUGAAUUCAUAUCAGCAACAGGCGGCAGUCCAGACAGCAUCGAACUCUGUAACAGGGGGCGCUGUAAACGUUGGAGGUAGCAGCAGUGGCAAUACGACACAAAACAUUCCCGUAGUUGGUGGCAGCGGUGGUAAUAGCAAUGCAAAUAGCAAUACAAAUACUGGAUAUUUGUCCUCCGGAUACCCAACACAGCAAAGUGCAUACCAGUCCAGCCAAAGUGUGUACGGUGGAACUGGUCUCUCGAAUAGCACAGGGUUCGCCGGUAGCACAAACACUUCGUCCUCUCAAUACAGUAGCUUUAGUGCAAGUGCUAAAUUGAAGGAUACGGCAACAGCGUCAAGUGGUUCGCAUUAUGAGGGUGUGUCCUCAAGCAACGUGGCUAGUAGUAGUGGAGCAGCUGGAAACUCAGCAGUGUCGGCCAAUUCGGUGGCGAAUUCGUCAGCGUCGGUUAACUCUAACAACUCAAAUGUGAACAGUAACAGCUCGAGCGUGGGAGUAAACAACAGCGUUAGCAGCGCUAGUAACAGUAAUACAAACAGUAGCAGCACUGUAAGCGGCGGUGGUAGCGGCGCUGGCGGCAGCGGUAGUGGUAGCGGCAGCGGCGGAGGUGGUAGCAGCAGCAGCAACCCCGCAUCUGUGGUGGCCGCAGCAGCUGCAGCCGCAGCCGUUUCAUCAUCUUCAAAUAAAACAAGCGCUAGCGGAAUGGUGCCCAACAUCCAAAUGGUUAGUCAAUAUAUACAGACUGGAUUGCCAUACUAUCAGCAACCAGUUUAUUCUUACGAGGAUAUACAAAUGAUGCAACAGAGAGUGCCACACGUGCAAGGAUAUUACGAUCUCAACUACACUCCGACCAGUUUGGGCACUGGUCGCGAUAACUUGGGCUCUGUAGCAUAUUCUACCAUGACUGAUGCGCGUUUCACUAGAACGGACAAUAAUUCUAGCCCAGUUAGCAACGUGUCAAGUACAAUGUCACAGCAAGCAGGCUCUAGCGGCCCAAUGCUAAAUGUUCCUUACUACUUCUAUAGCGGUAAUGUUAUGCCUGGCAGUUUUCAGUAUGGCACACCGGCCAUUUAUCCGCAGCAAAUUCCAGCUGCUAAUACAGCGUCGGGUGGCCAAUUCCCGAAACCUUCAUACAACACUGGUUAUGGUUCGACCAGUUAUGAUACGUUAUCUCAAGCUUCGCAGGACUAUACAAAGGGCGCUUACCCGUCGAGCGUUAAUCAGCAAUCGAAGUCGCAAAAUGUCGCCAAUCCGCCUCAAACUGGAACGAGUUCGGAUAUUACAUCGUCCAUGUAUGGUAAGGGACAUGUUGCGCUGAAUAAGGUCAAUUCAUAUGAGAAACAAAAUUUCCAUUCGGGCACUCCACCACCAUUCAAUAUGCCGAAUACACAAACAGCUGGUGGCACCUCAGCUCAGCCCUACGGCAUGUAUUUGCCAAUGCCGACAGCAGGCCAUCACAAUAUGAUUCAUCAACCAAUCCAUCAGAUGGACGGCAGGAUUCAUAAUUCAUCCCGCCGGGAUUCGAAUAGCACGGGCCAGCGCCAACAGACAAGUAGCCAAUCGAAAUCGGCUGCUAAACAAGGCUACUCACCCUCUUAUUGGACUGGACAGAAUUGAAUGUGAAAAGGAAGGCGUUGCUACAAACACAUUAAUGCAUACACAUAUAUAUAUAAAUAUUAUAUGUAUAUGUUAAUAAGAAACUCGAUUCCGAUUUAGUAACAACAUAAUCCAAUCAGCUCUAUAAAUCGGUUCCAGCUGCGAAGCAAUUGCGUGCACACAACCAUAACCACACACACAUACACAUACGUACUUCUUUUACUUUUCACAUUGUCUGUCUGCCGGUCCUAUAGUUUUCCUUUAUACGAAUGUAUUGAUGCUUAUGUAUGGUACAUUAGUAUAAAAAAA